UAGCGAUGCCGACCCGAAAGCAGUACUUUUUGAGUGGCAUGAAAGAUUGGCACUCGAAGAUGAAGAUUGAACUCUCGAAGGAGAAAAUGAUCAAUUUCAACCACGCACUCUUCAAAUCCAACGACAAAAACUGGACCGAAACUUCCACAAUUUUCCAGGAAACAUACGAAUCGCUAUUUAAAGAGAGCAAGCUGGACCAUCUCAUAGUUUGCAUGGCCCUGGAAAAUGCAGAGCGAUCAGCAGUCGAUUCGACCAAGCGAGCACUGGGCCGAAUCUUUUCAUGCCUCCACCACGACCCAUCAGUGCUCAUUCUAUUCACCGGCACUUCUGAGAAAACACUGGACGGCGAGAAGCCGGGGUCCGAGUUCAGCAUUUACCAGCGUCGCAACAGCGUCACAAACACCAUCCAUUGUCACAGGGCCAGAGAAGUUUCAAUUGACAAUGUGAACAGUGCUCUGUUUUGGACUGUGCACAAACAUUUGAAGAAGAUUUGUGGCGUCGAUCCACAAGUCGUUGAGGAACUGCAGCCGUUUCACAAUUCGAGAUCGGAAUUGAAAUUCGGAAAAGACUAUUCAAUCAAUGUUGUCUCCCAUGAUUUGUAAAUUUAUUCUCCAAGUUUCAAAAAUCAAUCAUCUUAUUUUGUGUAA